AUGAUUGGUGGAGCUGACUUACUGGAUUGUCUGGCAAGAAUGAGAGGGAAACAUUUCAAGAAGGAUUCUUAUGAAAAGGAUUUGAUCUAUCAUAGAAUGACUAGGACCUCAAAGAACCUCUGGAGCCCCUCACUGAGGUCUUCAGGUGAACCGCAUGGCCAGAAAGUAGGGUCAAAGGUCACGCCUGACCCACUCCUCUUCGAAAGCCGUUAUCUCCUCAACCACUUCACCUAA